AUGCUGAACGUGCUGCUGCUGUGCUGUGGGCUGCUGCAGGGCGUUGUUCUCAGCACCAACAUGGGCUGUGUGCUGCCGGGGCAGGCGAGCGGCAGGCUGGAGGGCACAGACAGAGCCCACUACUCCAGCCUGUUGCGGAGAGUCAAGGAGCUGUCCGCGGAGCCGGCGGGAGCUCUCCCCAGGCUGGGGCUCGAGCAGAUGACCCUGAAGGUCCAAGAAGCCAAAGGCGACAUCAUGCAGAGAGACGGCAUCCUAGAACAGCAGGCAUUGUCCACAGAAGAGGAAGUCCCCCCCCGCCGCUGCGUCCGGCUCCUGGAGUCGUGCCUGGGCCAACAGGUCCCCUGCUGCGACCCUUGUGCUACCUGCUACUGCCGCUUCUUCAAUGCCUUCUGCUACUGCAGGAAAAUCAGCACCAGCCUCCCCUGCAGCAAGAACUAG